AAGACCUCCUGAAUCUGAAAAGCGACCAAAAGGCUCCUCGUCAUGGAUGAAAAGUCGCCUAAGGGUGAUCAUCCUCACUAUGAGCAUGCGACUCCGGCUAAGACAGAGCUGGUUGAGGCGGCCAACCCUGAUGCACCUGAGCGCCGCCAGGCUGCCGGUAUCAACAUCGUUCAGAAUCCGUUGACGCGCAGCUCCAAGGAGCAAGCUAUUAUCGAUGCCCGAGAGUACGCCGAAUCGCAUAAUAUGAGCGAGUACGCCGAUCUAUUUGGCCGGGCUGCUGUAGUUGCGCGGAGCCCCAAAGAAUUCCCAUCGGCCCCCGAAAUUGAUGAAGAGGAGCGCACCGCGCUCGCAUACGAGAGGGACCAUAAAUGGCACGGCCCGUGGAUGCUCUGGUACUCAAUUGGUUUGUGUGCUAUCGGAGCUGCCACACAAGGAUGGGAUCAGACUGGAUCCAACGGUGCCAACUUGUCCUUCCCUGAGGAAUUCGGUAUUGCCGGUAAAGGCAAAGAUGAAUGGAUUGUGGGAAUCGUCAACUCCAUCAUUUUCUUGACCGCUGGUCUCAUUGGUGCUUGGAUUGUCGAUCCUCUUAAUCACUAUUUGGGCCGACGAGGUGAGAUUUUCGUCACUGCUCUCUGUCUCACUGCCACGCCAAUUGGAUCUGGUUUCGCACAGUCAUGGCAAGGACUCUUCGCUGCACGGUUUGUAAUGGGUAUCGGCAUCGGUGCAAAGAACGCCACGGUGCCCAUCUACUCGGCUGAGAUGGCUCCGGCCAGGACUCGAGGUGCUCUUGUCAUGUUCUGGCAACUUUGGGUCGUAGCUGGUAUUUUCUUGGGCUUUGCUGCCAACGUUAUCGUCAAAGACGUCAAAGAUAUCGCUUGGCGUCUCCAACUCGGUUCCGCAUUCAUUCCAUCUUUCAUCCUCGGCAUCGGAAUAUUUUUCUGUCCUGAGUCUCCUCGCUGGCUUAUGAAGCAUAACAGGCAUGAUGAAGGAUUCCAGUCUAUGUUGCGCUUGCGAGCUCAUCCAAUUAUCGCCGCGAGAGACUUCUAUUAUUCAUACGUUAUCUAUGAAGAAGAACUCAAGGAGGCUAGAGGCGCAGGCUAUUUCUCCCGUCUGUGGGACUGUUUUGCCGUCCCCAGAAUCAGACGGGCUAAUUAUGGUGCCUCGACUGUUAUGAUUGCGCAGCAAAUGUGCGGUAUCAACAUCAUUUCAUUCUACAGUUCAACCAUCUUCCGGGACGUCGGCUACACAGAAGACCAGGCUUUAUAUGCGUCUCUUGGCUACGGUGCUAUCCAAGUCGUGUCCACCAUCCCUACUUUGUUCCUGAUCGACACUAAAGGCCGAAGAACCCUGACUUUGAUUACAUUCCCCUUGAUGUGCAUCUUCCUGCUAGCUGGUGGUCUCUCUCUAUUGAACAAGACAGAGAACCAUGCCGCGAUGAUUGCACCAGUUGCCUUGUUUGUGUAUUUGUUUACUAUUGCCUACUCCUUGGGCGAAGGACCAGUCGCUUUCCAAUACUCUGCUGAGGUAUUCCCGACCAUUCAGCGAGAACAAGGAAUGGCGUGGGCUGUUUGCAUAAACAAUACUUUUGCUGGUGUUCUUAGUCUAACCUUCCCUCGAAUGAUGACUGUGAUGACCAAAACUGGUGCUUUUGGCUUCUAUGCUGGUCUUAACCUCAUCGCUUGGUUUAUGAUUUUCUGCUUUGUCAGGGAGACCAAGCAGCUGACUCUAGAAGAACUGGAUCAGGUGUUCUCGGUGCCGACCAAAAAGUUCAUUCACUAUGAGCUGACUGUGUGGCUUCCUUGGUGGAUCAAGCGAUAUAUCUUGAGAAAGAACAUUGAAAGACCACCCCAAAUCAUCGCACUAGGUGAAGGGGUCAGAUAA